AAAUUAAUAAGCCCACAUGUUUUUGUAUAUAACAUAGGCGGCCAACGCGUAAUUCCAUCUUCCAAAAGCAGAGACUGGGUGCAGUCAUUCACUACCGGUCAUGGCAGAGAAGAACGGCCUGGUGGCCGAUUCGUGUCUCGAAGACCAAUCAUCAACGACUCCAUCUCCGUCUUCUUCCACCCACAGCAAACCCUCAACACCCCACCAUGACGAACUCUACCACUCGCUAUUUCACGAAACUGGAAUGCCAUCACAAAAUCCCAAAAAAGCGAAGAAAUCACCCCAAUCUGAUCAUCCACCUUCAUUACCCACCCUUCCUCACCAAAUCAUCGCGGAAAUUUUCUCUCGAUUACCAGUCAAAGCUCUAAUAAAAUUCAGGUGCGUUUCCAAAACAUUCAAAACCCUGUUUUCAGACCCCCAGUUUAUAAAUGCCCACCUCCGAAAAAUCACAUCUUCAUCAGAGAAAAAACCCAAUCGCUAUCAGAAAAUUGUUUUAACCUAUAGUGGUCCUCCAUCUAGUCGCCACAAAUCUUGCUCCUUAUACUCGAUUUAUAACAAUUUACAAACUGAUGCUAUUGAGAUCGGCCAUUUCUUAUUAAAGGAUAAAUAUCGUUAUGAUUGGCUUGUUGGGUCUUGUGACGGAUUACUAUGUGUGGCUGCCAAGCAGAAUUACGUGGCUUUAUGGAAUCCAUCUACAAGGGUGGUUGAUAGAUUGCCUGGUUUAGGGUUUGGAAAGAAGUUGGGAAGCUAUACUGUUUUUGGGUUUGGUUAUGAUAGUGAAAUAGAUGAUUAUAAGGUGGUGGCUGUGUUCUGCUUUCAAAAUAGGGGUGGUAAUGGAGGUAUUGGAUAUGAAACUAGAGUUGAAGUUUGCACCUUGUGGACCAAAUAUUGGAGGAGGAUUGAGGGUUUCAGAUAUGGUGUUCCUUGUGAUGUCUCAGGGAAGUAUGUCAAUGGCAGUCUUAUUUGGCCAGUGAUGUGUGAAAGAGAUUCUGGAUUAGCGUGGAUUAUUGUUUCCUUUGAUUUAGCAAAGGAGACAUAUAAGGAGAUGGUGCAACCUGAUUAUGGGGAGGUUGGUUGUGAUAGGACAUUGGGGGUUUUAGAUGGAUGCCUUUGUGUGAUGUGUAAUUAUAAGGCUGACCGUGCUGAUUUUUGGUUGAUGAAGGAGUAUGGAGUGAGAGAGUCUUGGACCAAGUUGCUUAGUAUACCAUAUUUGGAUGAUCCUGGGUUGUUGCAGUAUUCAGUGCCAUAUUGCAUUGCAGAUAAUGGUGAAGUUCUGCUGGAAUUUAAAGGCCUCUUAAUCAUUUACAAUCCUAAAGAUGGUGCAUUUAGGCACCCUGUGAUCAAUGGUGCUUGCCAGUGGAUUGAAGCAGAAAUUUACAUCGAGACCCUGGUUUCCCCCAAAGUUGGGAAUUGUAAUUUGGAGACAACAGGAAUGCUUGCGAACACUGAAAAGUAGAUUGGAAACGCUUUUGUGAUUCAUGUUGUUGCUUUUACUGUCUAAUGCAUUUUUUUUUUUUUGUCUUUUCUUCCUUUUUUUAUCAUUUUCUGUGAAAUUUAAUGGAGUUGAGAUCACAAAAGUUGUAGAUAAUAAUCUCGCAAUAAAAAGAAAAAUUUGUAGAUAACAA